AUGAGGGAAAUUUUAGUAUUGCAAUUAGGAGGCUUUGGUAAUAAAAUGGGAGUUAAAUUUUGGGAAGAAAUGUAUAUAGAUAGUGAAUUUGAAAGUGAUAUUGAUUUACAAGAACAAAAUAAAAAUAAUUUGCUUAAUUCUUCUAAUAUCUUGUUUUAUAAUUUAAGUGAGAAGACACCACUUCCUCGAACUGUAUAAGUCGAUUUAGGAUAAGAUUUACCCUACUCAAAUACAGAUUUUAAUCCAUGUAAUCAGUUCUCAUUUAAUUAUUCAUCUGGCAAUAAUUUUGGAUUUGUAAAAAACAAUUGCUGCAAUUAAAUUGUUGACAUUAUUUUUGAUAGGAUAAGAUAAGAGAUAGAAUAAUGUGAUUCAUUGUAAGGAUUCUAAAUUUUUGCAUCCAUAAUUGGUGCAGUUUUAUCUCAAAUGCUAAAUGAUGAAUAUUCAAAUGCCAUUACUUAAUGUAACUUAUUAGUUCCUUCAGUAAAAUUAAACGACAAUUGUGUGGUUUCACCUUAUAAUUCUGCUUUAGCAUUUAAUUAAUUGAUAGAUUCGGCUGAGCAAUUAAUAUUUUUUGAUAAUGAAGGAUUAAAAUAAAACCUUAGUAGAUUAGGCAUAUAAUUUGAUUAUUAAGAUGCAAAUCUUCAUGUUGCUUAAACAAUAUGUUGUAAUUCAUCACCAUUCAGAAAUCCUGGGGAUAUUAAUUCAAGUUUGAGAAAACUUUCAACAAAUUUGAGCCCUUUUGCAUUUUAUAAAUUAUUUACUUGUAACAUGACUAAUAAUCUAUACAGCGAUUACUACAAGGAAUACUUAAAGAUGGAUGAAUAUUAAAUUUUUAAGGAAUUAAUAUCAUCAGAUCACAACCAAACUAGCGCUGUAUAUACCUAAGGAAAAUUUGUGUCAGCUGCGCUUAGCGUAAGGGGAAAAGUAUCAAAUAAGGAAUUUGAUAAAUAAUGCUCUUGUUUCGACUAUUAUCUAGAACACCAGAGAUAUAGAACAGGGGUUAAAAAGAAAUUCGAAGGAAUAAACAUGUUUUUUACCAAUAUAUGUUAGAAAAAAUAUUAAAAUUAUGAAUUUUUUGGAAGUUCCAUUAUUCAUUCUUCUAGCAUAACUUAAUCCCUGAAGAGUUUAAGUGAGAAAUUUAAGAAAAUGUACCCUAAAAAAUCUUACGUCCAUAAAUAUAUUCAAGAAGGAAUUGAGGAAUCAGAAUUUGUGGGAGCUUAAUCUAGGCUUGAUGAUACAAUAUUUUUAUAUCAAGAUACUUUGGACACAUAUUAAGACGAGCAUUUUGAAUAUUAGGAAUGA